CACCGUCUACGUACACAGUAGGUCACAUGAUGGCGCAUCGUCCAGCUCGGUAACAGCAAACUAGAAGGUUCACACUUGUUGAGUUUAAGUGCUCGAAACACACACAAUAAUGUUUAACACAAUAGAAAUAGACAUGUUUUGGCUUCUUUAGAGGGAAACGCGAAAGGCAACCAAAAUGUACGCAAGUGUCUUGUUUUUCAUCACAUUGAGCUGUAUGUGUUCUCCUGCCAAAGGGUUGUCAUCUAAGAGAUCCUUCACAAUAGACUAUAAAAAAAAUUGCUUCCUAAAAGAUGGGCAGCCCUUUCAGUAUGUUUCAGGCAGCAUCCACUACUCCCGAAUCCCACGUUUCUACUGGAAGGAUCGGCUGCUCAAGAUGUACAUGGCGGGCCUCGAUGCCAUCCAAAUAUAUGUUCCUUGGAACUUCCACGAAACAGUGGAAGGGAUCCACAACUUCACAGGGGAUCGGGAUUUGGAGCACUUCUUGGAUUUGGCCAAUCAGACAGGCCUUUUGGUGAUCUUGCGCCCAGGCCCAUACAUCUGUGCUGAAUGGGAGAUGGGUGGGUUACCAGCAUGGUUACUCCAAAGAAACAACAUAAGACUACGCUCAGCUGAUACAGAUUAUUUACAGGCGGUCACUAACUGGUUUGCUGUUCUCCUCCCCAAAAUGACACCCUGGUUGUAUGCUAAUGGCGGGAACAUCAUUAGUGUCCAGGUUGAGAACGAGUACGGAAGCUACUACGCUUGUGACUACAACUACAUGCGUCACCUGCGGACCCUGCUGCGAGUUUUUCUGGGCCAAGACACCGUCCUGUUCACCACCGAUGGCAACACGGAUAAGGAAAUGACAUGCGGGACUCUGGAGGGAUUAUACGCCACUGUGGACUUUGGCACAGGUGACAACAUAACAGAAGCCUUCAACAGGCAAAGGCGGUUUGAACCGCAAGGUCCUUUGGUCAACUCAGAGUAUUAUACUGGCUGGUUGGACCACUGGGGUGAUGAACAUGCCAUGGUUGAUACUCAGAAGGUCAGCAGAGGGUUAGCAGAGAUGCUAAGCAUGGGCGCUAACGUCAACAUGUACAUGUUUGAAGGAGGGACCAACUUUGGCUACUGGAAUGGCGCUGACCAUGACACCAGAUUCCGUCCCGUGGUGACGAGUUACGAUUAUGACGCCCCGCUAUCAGAGGCAGGGGACCCCACAGAGAAACUGAUGGCCAUCCGAGACGUCAUUAAAACGUUUAAGAGCAUUCCCCUCGGACCGAUGCCACCCGCUACUCCCAAAUUUGCCUACGGCUUUGUGAUGCUCAGAAAGGUGGGCAACAUCAGCAGUCUAUUGGACACACUUUCUGUGGAGCCUGUUUUAUCAAAGUACCCUUUGACUUUUGAGGAGCUCAAACAGUACUACGGCUACAUGCUGUAUCGGACCAGUCUUCCCCGGGACCUUGCAGAGCCCACACCGCUCAUCUCUCCCAUGAAUGGUGUUCGUGACCGCGCGUACGUGUCCGUCAAUGGGGUUUUCCAGGGUCUCUUGGAGAGAGACACCGUACUGGUGAUAAACGUGACUGGACAGCAGGGGGACAUCAUGGACAUUCUUGUGGAGAAUAUGGGAAGAGUUAAUUUUGGCAGCCAUAUCAAUGACAACAAGGGUCUCAUCAGCAACCUAAUCUUGGGCCAAGAUGUACUCACUGACUGGAAGAUGUACCCUUUGGACAUUGAUGGCGCCAUUGCUGCUGGAUGGCCUCACACGGUUAGCCUUCACAAUGGAACAAACGGACCUUCCACUGGACCGAGCGUCUACAUGGGAACACUGCAGCCGAGUGGUCGAGCAUGGGACACUUUUCUCAAGUUAAAUGACUGGACAAAGGGUCAGGUUUGGAUCAACGGUGUCAAUCUGGGGCGGUAUUGGCCAACCAGAGGACCGCAGCAAACACUUUAUGUUCCCGGACCCUUGCUCAGCGCUACCUUGCCCAACAACAUCACCGUGCUGGAGCUGGAGGAGGCACCAGUACAUACAAGGGUGCUCUUCAUGGACCGACCUCUCCUCAAAGCCAAAGCUGCUAAGUCAUGACCAUCAAGUUUGAAACAAUAACAUGUUGUUUCCAUCUUAAAAUAUUUUAUUACUGCAGUACCUUCAUUUUAGAGUCUUUAGCUCUUUCCUACUGGAGCGUUAGCUUUGCGAUGCGCUUGCACACAUCGAGGGGUGCAGAAGGAGAAAUCCAGGUAUUGGAACGGGAUCUUGCCCAGCAGAGACUCACCACACUGAAAGCAUCUCCUGGUGAAAAGGACAAAAUUGACAUUUGCUGGACAUUUUGUGACACUUUUCGAAUGUGGCCACACAAGAGUCUUACUUGAUGUUGGAGAGGCUGACUCCAGUUGCCGCUACUUGUUCUGCUAACCUCCUUUCAGCUGCCAAAGCUCUCUGGUGUUCAAAACAACUGUUUAAUACAGGCUGUAUUAAAUAAACAUUUGCACAAGAACAGAA